AUGGAUGAUACCUCCAUUGUUAUAGUCACUGAUAAAGAAAAUAAGGAAAAGGUAUCUAGUGUUGUGGAUCGGGAAUUAACAAAGUUCAUCCCUGGUACAUCACAGGAUGCUUCAGUGAAGAUUAAUUGGCAUGAACAGAGUAAAGUUCCAGAUCAAACCAAUGCAGAGGCAAGGGAAAAUGUCACAGAACAACCAGAGGAAAAUGCAGUUUGUAAUCAGGAGCAACAGGGCUCACACACUCAGGAAUCAUUUGAGAAUCAAGCACAGAAGGCCAAAACAACAAAUCAAGCUUCCCAAAAUGGAUCAACAAAAACCAUGAGUGUCGGUGUUAAUCGCCCUUUAACAUCAGAAGCAGACAAACACAAGAAAGUCAAGAUUGCAUUGAUCAUAGAUGCAGAUAGGUUUGCCGAAUAUGAGAAAAGUUUUUUGGCAUGGAAAAAUGUUUCUUCUAACUUUGAAAAGAUGACUCAACACACAGUUAUGGCCAAUCAACAAAUGAUCAUUUUGAUAGAUUUGGAAGAAAUACAUGGAAAUGCAACAGAGAAAGGUGUGAAAGCUGUGUUUUUUGCUGUACGUGAUGUUUUCCUCAAGGAAGAGAAACUAUCAGUGGAACUGUUUCUUUUCAUGAAAGAUAUUCGGUUGGCAGCUAGUCUAAAACCAGUGUUUAUGACGGCAAUGGAACCAGGAGACAUGACAUCAAAGAAGAGGCCGACACUGACAGUAGGAAGGUUGGCCCAAGUAAAGGCUGAUGUGCUGGUCAAUACAACAUCACUGAAACUGGAAUUAAAUCAAGGAGCUGUGUCAAAGUCUUUACUGAAGGAGGCAGGAAAGGACAUUCAGAAAGAAUGCAACACAAAAUAUCCACAAGGAAUAAAACAUGGAGAAAUUGCUGAAACAGAUGCAGGCAAUAUUAAAGGUUGCAAAGCAAUUUAUCAUGGAGCACUGCAAAUCGUUGACGAAAAAGGGCUCAUGGAAAUCGAGCAAAAGUACCUUCUGAACUUUGUGUACAUGUGCCUCCAAAGGGCAGCAGAAGCAGGCCAUGGUUCAAUUGCUUUCCCAGCUGUUGGAGCAGGGAAGCUUGGAUACAAACCUGAUAUGGUCGCCAAGGCUAUGUUUGAUGCUGUUGAAACAUUCUACCUUAAAAAACCAUCUUCCAAGAUGUUUGUCACAUUUGUGCUGUUUGAAGGUGACAGAAAAGUCAUUCAGCAUUUCUAUGCAGAAGAAGUUCUAAGGGACUAUGAACUAAAAAGCAGAGGUGGUCAAAGCAAUGUGCUCAGAUUCCAUCUCAAAGAGGAACUUUUGGUACAGGUUAUCCAAGGAGAUCUCAAAGAUUAUAAGGGAACAGAUGAGGUCUUUGUUUUCCUUGAAGAAGGCAAAUCAUGGGAUUUUUUGAAGAAACUUCAAAUGACCCUUUCUGGUGAAAAUAGAGUGAAAAAUGCCUUACAUCACAGCAAGACUACCACAAUAAUCACCCAUGAACUUGGUAGGUGUCCUUUGACAGUUUGGGUCUACAACGGACAGAAAUUCUCGGAAACCUUUAAGAAGAUUUUGAAGAAGAAGGAUAGUCUUCAUGUUUUCAUACCUUCCACUGAUUUGGUGAAAAACACUGGGCUUAAACUCAGUUGGAAAUAUGGCCAGAAAGGUUUUGCAUCACAAUUGGUCACCUGUCUCAAAGACACAAAGAAGCUUGAUGGCAGCCUGUACACAAUGACUAUUGUAGUGCCGUCAGAAUCACUUUUUAAGGAGUUUUCUCAGCAGUCUAAGUCUGAAUCGACCUGGCUCAGUUGGAUUCCAGGCUUUGGGACAUCAGGCUGGAGUCCAGAAAUGGUUGAUAGGUCAUCAAUACCCACAGUUGGUGCCAUCAACAUAACUGCUUCAGACAUGGAUGCUGUUACUGGGGCAUAUAAAACAGUCAUGAAAAAGAUUUCUGAAACACUCUAUCCCAUAGACACCAAAGAGAGUGGAGGAGCCCUAGCAAGCAGCAUAGAUGAGGAAUUUGUGCAUGUUGGUUCUGAAGUUGACAACUUGAACUCAAAUGAACAAGAAGACGAAGCUGGUGCUUUUUUAUUUAUUCCAGUUGAGACUGAUCAGUAUCUUUUGGAGACACUAAUGAAGGAAAAACUAACAGUGAAAGGACUCCUGAAGCCCAACCAGCUCUAUCAUCCUGAUCAUCAAGUCAUAGUUUUCGAGUCUCCAAGUGAUGCAGCUCAGGCAAAAGAAUCAUUGGCCAAAUUUAAGUCGAAUUUUUACAAGUGA